GAUAUGAAGUAGAUAUCACGCGCAUAAGAGCGAGGGGAGGAGGGGGGCAGGCACAGGCUGGACCGCAGCUGCCCCGCUUUCGCAAAGUUCUCCAUACAGAAGAGAGGGCGCGGAGGCCGGUUGAGUGAGAGGGACGUUUUCCUAGCGGCUGCCAGUGUUUGGGGCAACACAGCGCAGAGCGAGAGAGAGAAGCCCCUCUCCAGCUCUCCUCUCCGUCACUUUCGGGCUCUUUUCAGACCGAGGAGGAGCAUAAUGGCGAAAAUGAGGGUGUCAUACGAGUACUCGGAGGCAGAGGAUAAGAGUAUCCGACUAGGACUGUUCCUCAUCGUCUGUGGCAUCCUGUCCCUCUUUAUCCUCGGGUUCUGCUGGCUCAGUCCAACUCUACAGAGCAUGCAGAGCAAACCGGCCAACUGCACGGUGGUGUCCGUGCUCAGACCGGAGGAGAUGUUCGAGUGCGUGUUCACGUGCGGGGCGGACUGCAAGGGGACCUCGCUGUAUCCGUGUCUGCAGAUAUUCGUCAAUAAUUCCGAGUCGAACUCCGUGGCUCUACUGCACUUUGAUGAACAGCAACUGGUGCUGAACCCAAAGUGCUCGUACGUUCCUCCAUGUGAGAGGGACAACCAGAAGAACAAGGAUAACGUUCUGUGGUGGGAGGACUACUGGACUAAAGAGGUCAGCUCCCAAUCCUUUACCUGUUUCUUCAACCAGCAGAGAAGGCCUGACGACGUACUGUGGCGGCGCUCCCACGACGCCAGCGUCCUCCUCCACUGCGUCCUGUGGCCCAUGGUGAGCCUGCUGGUGGGUACCCUCAUCGUCCUUCUCACCGUGUGCGCCCGCAGCCUGGCCGUGCGCGCCGAGGCCAUCCAAAAGAGGAAGUGCUCGUACGAGCCUGCAGGCAACUCAGAGCAGGGCAAGAUGCAGCCCAACACCAACACCGCCUCCUUCAGGACCCUGCCGAUGUUCGCUGUCCCUGUCCGACGCAGAGACCGGGAACAGGAACACUAGAUGGAUGGAUGAUGACUGUGGUCUCAGUGGUGGCUGUUGUGUGAUGAGGACCUCAUAGAAGCGUGGAAUGUUUGAACUUCCAAUUAUGACUGUUCUGAACACUCUCAUUCCGCUGGACUGGACUCGAGGCUCAUGCACCAGAAAUGCUUGUCUGUCUUGUCUUGGUGUGUUUGUCUUGGUGUGUUUGUCUACUUGUGUAAGAGCCAUUUUGUCAGUUCAACUCUCAGCUGGUGAGGGCCUUUUCUAAUGCUAUGUGUAUUACAAUGCGUUGGUUAUGUCUAUGAAUAAGCAAAAAUCCAAAAGGACAAUGCCGCUUUCUGUCACUGGUCAUGUUUUGGACAGGUCUGUGUUAUGUGUUGAGUCUCUGUCUCUGUGCUGAUUGUAAUGUUGUUUGCGUUUACUUCACUAGAUGAGCUCGGUCUCAAAGUUCAGAGUUCACUGACUUACAAACAGGACAUGUCUGUUACCUUUGAACGAUCUUUAACUAGACUCUUCAUUACAAACCCCUGGUCGUGUGAAAGGAGGGAUUGUGAGGGCGUCCCAGGCCAGGACCACCUGAGAAGAAUCUUCAACACCAGUUACACAAAAUGUCAGUGCUUUGUUCAGAGAGAAUGCGGUGAAAGGAAUUCUGGGAGAGUCCUAAUCUCUGGGACGACAGAGCCAGAAGCAGACCUUGGUCUGAUCACCCCCAGCAUGAUGUACGCUCUUCUUUAGGUGGUAUUAGGAAGUGUUUAAAUGCCUAUCUUCCAGUUACUGUUCUUUAACACCCGGGCCACGAUUUAAACAAAUCGCAACAAUGCGUUUAUUACUUUUAAAGGCAUAUUACGGUUUGUUUUAAUCCGGUUCCCCCUCUCUCUCCUCUCUGUACCACCUGCCUUUUACUAAACCUGUUUCUAACAAGGCUUCUUUAAGGCAUCUGUCCAACUACAGCCAAUCCAACCGCCAUGGACGGAAUAUGUCUGUUGUUCAUUUUCAGUUGGUUGCCGCAGGAUAUGCUUGAACCUAUUAGGUCCCGAUUCAAUAUGUAGACUGGGCUACGGACGGUUGGUCUGGGUUCAAUAUGUAGAUUGGGCCAUGGACGGUUGGUCUGGGUUCAAUAUGUAGACUGGGCCACGGACGGUUGGUCUGGGUUCAAUAUGUAGACUGGGCCACGGACGGUUGGUCUGGGUUCAAUAUGUAGA